AUGCGUCAACUGCCGGUGCCGGAUCUGGACAUCAACGGAGGCAAGAAGAAAUACGCCUGCGACAUCUGCGGCAAGACGUACGGUUACCGAGACUCAGUGUACCGGCACAAGCGCACGCACGAAGGCAAGACGGUCUGCUUCGUGUGCGGGAAGGUGCUGAGCUGCCUGCCGACGCUGCGGGAGCACCUGCGGUACCAGCACAGCAUGAGCCAGGAGGAGGUGGCCUCGUCAAAGCCGCACGUGUGCGGCGUGUGCGGCCGCCGGUACCUGCACCGGGUGUCGCUCAGUCACCACGUGAAGAAACAUCAGGGCCUGACCACGUGCCGCCUGUGCGGCAAGGUGCUGGGCAUCAUGGCCCACCUGCGCACACACCUGGAGAUCGUGCACGGCAUGUCGCGGGAGGCUGUGCGCGCUCUGGUGCCAACCCGGCAGUACGCGUGGGGCAACGGCUACUCGAGCCUGGCGCAGGGCGCCGUCGCGCUCCUGGCUGCCGCCACGCUCCUGGCCGAUGUCGCGCACCUGACUGGCGUCACGCCCCCCACGUCGGCACUCCUGGCUGACGUCACGCUCCUGGCCGACGUCGCGCACCUGACUACGUCACGCGUCUGA